AUGUCAUUGGAACGUUUCUUGCAACUAUCUCUGUGGGGUCUAAGUCCGAAGAAGCGGAGUUCAUUGUCGUUGAAGAGAAAGGGCAAGCACUCUUGGGACGCGAAACAGCUAUUAGGCGUUCUGAAACUAGGACCAGAUGUUCAAGUGAAUACAGUGAGUGACAGUAUAUUUACAGAGUACAGCGAUGUAUUUCAGGGAUUAGGAAAAUUGAAAGAUUUCCAAUUAGAAAUACCGAUUGACAAAGAAGUCACACCAGUAGCACAACCUUUGAGGAGAGCACCUUUCAAUCUGAGGAGUCUCAUAGAGAAGAAACUGGAUGAAUUGGAGAACCUGGAUGUGAUCGAGAAAGCAAGCGGACCUACUCCAUGGAUAUCACCUGUAGUCGUGGUACCUAAGAAGAAUGACAUCAGACUUUGCAUUGAUAUGAGGCAAGCCAAUUCUGCGAUCAUUCGUGAGAGACACCCGAUUCUUACAGUCGAUGAGGUUCUUCAUGUUUUGAAUCAGAGUACCAUUUUCUCGAAACUGGACAUAAAAUGGGCGUUCCAUCAAGUAGAGCUCUGUAAAGAAUCGAGACCAAUCACAACUUUUGUAACACAUAAAGGAUUGUAUCGAUAUAAGAAACUCAUGUUUGGAAUAAGUUGUGCUCCUGAAAUGUACCAAAGAGUGAUACAACAAGCUCUCGAAGGAUGCGAAGGAGUUAGAAAUAUAUUUGACGACAUUGUUGUGCAUGGAACAUCUGUGGAGGAACAUGACGCUAGGCUUAGAAAACUUCUGGACAGGAUUAGGGAGAAGGGACUCACCUUAAACAAAGAAAAGUGUAAAUUUCGGAUGUCAGAAAUUGUGUUCAUGGGACAUUUACUGUCUGCCAGAGGUAUAGGAUCUGCGAAAUCGAAGGUGACAGCUGUAAACGAUGCUAGACAACCGGAAACAGCAUCUGAAAUUCGAGGAUUUCUGGGGCUAGUCAAUUACAGCUCGAGAUUCAUCCCAGAUCUGGCAACGUUAUCCGAGCCGUUGCGUAGGUUAACGAGGAAGGGAGUUCACUUCAAUUGGGGCCAGGAACAGGAACAUGCUUUCGAGGAAUUGAAACGCAGACUCACAAAUGCACAGACUUUAGGAUACUAUGAUCCAAAGGCAGAAACAAUAGUUAUCACCGACGCAAGUCCUGUUGGCUUAGGCGCAGUCCUCGUACAGAAACAAAAUGGAGAUGAGCGUGUGAUAUGUUACGCAAGUAGGACUCUAUCGGAUGUUGAAAAAAGAUACUCGCAAACGGAAAAGGAGGCAUUGGGCAUAGUCUGGGCAUGCGAGAGAUUUCACAUGUACUUACAUGGAACAGAAUUCGAAUUACGCACUGACCAUAAACCUUUGGAAUUCAUCUAUUCCAAGAAGUCAAAACCUUGUGCUAGAAUUGAAAGAUGGGUGUUGAGACUACAAACCUAUACCUUCAAAGUGAAGCACAUACCUGGAAAACAGAACAUCGCAGAUUGUUUGUCUCGUAUGCCAUCCAAAGAAGUUGAUCCAUUUUUUGUUGAAGAUUCUGAGACACAUGUAAAAUUUGUUGCGGAGACAUCUACACCAAAUGCAAUGUCUACAAGACAAAUCGAGCGGGAAUCGGAUAAGGAUCCAGAACUGGUAGAUGUUCACGAGUGUAUUCAGACUGGCAAAUGGCAUAACAUACAGGAAAAAUUGUAUUUGACUGUGCGUGAAGAAUUGUGUUGCAUUGGAAAACUAAUUCUCCGAGGGACCCGAAUUGUUAUUCCGACUGAAUUGCGAACACACGUUUUGGAAUUAGCUCACGAAGGUCACCCAGGCAUUGUAGUCAUGAAGAGGAGAUUACGAGCGAAAGUUUGGUGGCCAGGCAUAGAUCGUGAAGUGGAGAAGUUUGUCAAAACCUGUCAUUCAUGUCAACUGGUUAGUCAACCACAAGCACCUGAACCGAUCAAAACUACGGAAUUACCAAAUGGACCAUGGCAACAUAUUGCUGUUGACCUCAUGACACCAUCGUUACCAUCAGGAGAUCAUCUUUUUGUUGCAGUGGACUAUUACAGCAGAUACAUUGAGGUGGAGCACAUGAAAAGUACAACUACAGACAAGAUCAUAAGGAGUCUGAAGAGGAUGUUCUUAACGCAUGGACUACCGUUAAGCAUCUCCAGUGAUAAUGGUCCUCAGUUCAUAUCUCAUGAAUUCAAGGAGUUUAUGACUGAAAAUGAUAUCUAUCACCGGAAGACCACACCUCUUUGGCCACAAGCUAACGGGGAGAUUGAACGGCAGAACCGCUCAUUGUUAAAACGUAUCAAAUUCGCGCAAAUCGAGAAGAAGGAUUGGAAGGAGGAAUUAUCGUCCUACCUAAUGAUGUACAGAACAACACCACACAGUAUAACAGGAGUCAGUCCUUCGGAACUUCUAUUUCGACGGAAAAUUCGUACUCGUCUUCCAGGCAUUGAAGAUUAUUCAACUAUGACAGACGACCAGGAUGUUCGGGAUCGCGACUCCGAGAAAAAGGAGAAAGGGAAAAUGUAUAUAGACAAUAAACGUGGAGCUAAGGAGAGUGACAUAGCUGUUGGAGAUUCUGUGUUGUUGAAACAGAAGCCAGGAAACAAGCUCACACCUACGUUUGAAGCAGAACCGUACCAUGUUACAGAGAAAACAGGAAACAGUGUGACCGUUGAAUCACCAAGUGGAGUUUGCUACAAGAGGAAUACCACUCAUCUUAAGAAAUUUCAUGAGCGAGCGAAUACGUUUACGAAAUCCACAGUUGACGAUAAAAUUGAUGGAAAACGGAUCGAAACAAACAUUCCGAACUGUGAAACGGCGACAAGAAUUUGUGACACCAGUACUUAUACUACGCGUCCGACCGAAGUUCGUGACACAAGUGUUCAAAUUACGCGUCCGAUCCGAGAACGCAAACUUCCAGACAGGCUUAAAGACUACGAAGUGUCAUUUCAGUGA